GAGGGGGUUGUUGCUCGCUCGCAGAGCUCUAUGUGAGUGGGGCGCAGAAAAAAGACGAACCUAUGAAUAUAAAAGUCAAGUACCGUUACGGAAAACAGUAAAAAUUUCAUUUGAACGAAAGUAAAUACGUGACAGAGCGUGGGUCAUGUCUCUGGAGGAUCCGUUUUUUGUUGUCAAGGACGAGGUUUUUAAAGCGCUGAACAAAACACGCGGACUCUAUCUGCGUUGGCGUGAGCUGGGCGAGAACGGAGGCGCCGAGGUUGAAUGGACCACAACGGAGCUGCGUAAUUCGCUGCGCAGCAUUGAAUGGGAUCUCGAGGAUCUGGAGGACACUAUCAGCAUCGUUGAAAAGAAUCCCACAAAGUUUCGCAUAGAUAAUCGUGAACUCUCCAGCCGGCGCCAUUUCAUAGACAACACACGCGAUGAGGUCAAGCAGAUGAAGGAUAAGAUGAGCCUGAACCGGAACAGGGACAGAGACAUAACCGCACAUCAGCCAUUGCUCGAGAACGAAUCACGGAAUCACAGCCUCAAUCACAGCCUCAAUCACAGUCAGGCCAGCGAAUAUCAUACGCACAACGAUCGCACCUAUCUGGUAGAUUGCCCCAAUCCGCAGUCGGUGGCCAAUACCAUAGCCGGCACCAUGUCCGCAGCAGCAGCAGCGGCGGCCGCCGCCCGGCACAGUGGCACCAAAUACUCAAAGCUGGAGAACGCGCUGGAUAUCGAUAGUCCCGGUCAUUAUGGCGGCAGUUUGGACAGUCCGGGGCAUCGGUAUGUGGGCGAGACGGUGUCCAUACAGCAGCGCAUGAUACAGGGUCAGGAUGAGCAGCUGGAUAUGAUAAGUGAUUCCAUUGGCACUCUUAAGACUGUUUCGCGUCAGAUCGGCGUCGAAUUGGACGAGCAGGCGGUCAUGUUGGAUGACUUCGGGAAUGAGUUCGACACAACCGAAUCCAAGCUGGACACAACAAUGAAAAAAGUUGCCAAAGUUUUACACAUGAAUAACGAUAAGCGUCAGUGGGCCGCCAUUCUUAUACUUUGUGUGCUGUUAUUGUUAGUGAUAAUUUUGUUUAUUAUAUUGUAAUUUAUUUGUUUCGCUUCGUUUGAUUGUGUAGUGUAAAUUCAUUAGGUUUAUAUUUUAAAUAAGUAUAAAUUGCAAAUUUUAAAUGAAAUUCCAUAUUUUAUAUAUACUUUAUUAGCCAGACAACAAGAUUUCCUUAGCUGUAUAUACACGUUUAAACAUUUAUUAACUAAAAUCAUAAACAUAAAUCGAGUCUAAUGUAAACGUAUUUCCAAAGACAAAACAGAAUCAUGCGUAAUUUCCGGCACAGGCUAGAUGUAACACUUGCUAAAUGGUACAAUUUAUAUGUAUGGGAAAGAAUAUAUCUGUAUAUCAAGAGAGUUAUUUAAACAAAAGAAUACCUGUAUGCAGUUGAGUAAAUAUAUAAAUCAUUCAAAGACA